AUAAUAAUAAAUAACAAACCCAAAUAAUAAAUAAAUACAUAUAAAAAUGCCAAAAAUUAUCAACACCUUAUUAGAGUAAAAAUAAUAAUAAAAAAUAAAAGCAAUUAUAAUUAAAACAAUUUAAAUUAUUUUAAACACAUCACACCAUUAUGGAUAUGAAUAAAUCAGCAGAUAUAAAAAAUGGUUCGGUUAAUGAUCGUCCAUUGUUUAUGCAAAACGGCAAUCGUGGUUUCUCGACGAAUGAUUCACAGGAAAUCAGUAAUUUCAGACAAGCAUUACCACAAUUUUUAGCCGUCAGUGUUAAAAACAUUUUACUUUUUGUUUAUGGCAUGACAUUGGGCUUCCCGACAAUUGUUAUACCCGCCAUACAAGGAGGUGAUGGCAGAGAACCCAGUGACAUCGUAUUAAAUAAAGAUGAAAUUUCAUGGUUUAGUUCCAUAAAUUUGAUAUGUGUGCCGUUGGGCUGUUUAUUUUCGGGUUUAUUAACUCAACCCAUUGGCAAAAGAAGAGCUAUGCAGAUUGUUAAUUUACCCAUACUAGCAUCAUGGCUGCUGUUUCAUUUCUCCACCAAAACUGAACAUUUGUAUGCGGCCUUGUGUUUAAGCGGCUUAGGUGGUGGUCUAAUGGAGGCACCGGUUCUAACGUAUGUAGCUGAAAUUACUGAACCCAAGUAUCGUGGUAUUUUAUCAGCUUUGGGAUCAACAUGUGUCAUUACAGGUGUUUUCAUACAGUUCAUAAUGGGCUCUUUAAUGGAUUGGCGUACAAUAGCAGCUGUAAGUUCUGUUUUUCCCGUUAUAUCAAUAAUCUCCUUGUGCUUUGUGCCUGAGUCACCCACUUGGCUAAUACGCGAACAAAGAUUUCGAGAAGCUAUUAAAGCCUUGCAAUGGCUGCGCGGUUGGGUGUCCGAGCAACAUAUCGAAGAAGAAUUUAAUAGACUGUACGAUGAGUUAAUAACCCAGCCUGCUUUGGAAGAGCAAGCGGAACAGGUUCGUCAGCAAGAGGCGGGCGGCAAAACAUUUUUCACCCGUUUCCGAAUGUUUAAGAAGCGCUCAUUUCUAGUGCCAUUUUUGUUGGUGGCUUUUACCUUCUUUGUGGGUCAUUUUUCGGGUAAAACCUCUUUGCAAACCUAUGCAGUACAAAUAUUCCAUACCCUUAAGGCUCCCAUUAAUAAAUAUCAUGCGACCAUAUUAUUGGGGGUGGCCGAAAUGAUUGCCACUAUAUUGUGUGUAUUUCUUAUACAUUUUACGGGUAAAAGGCCUUUGGUUUUAAUAUCAACAGUUGGUGUGGCCCUGUGUUGGUUUGGUACAGCCACAUAUGCCCAUUAUCUGAAGGUAGUACCCGGUUUUGCUAUCAACAACGUAGUGGUGAAUGCCUCCUCACUUGUGAACAAAGAUAAUAUAAUUUCAAGUGAUAACAUAACGAAAAUAUUCGAAAGUGAAGAAAAGGCAUUGCUGCUAAAAGCACCAAUGGAAAUGGAUAUUGAAAUGACCACUUUAAGUUCUUUUGGAGACAUGACAGCUAACACACAAAAUCGUUCAAGAAGACAAUUAGCAGCUGAAGUAUUGAACACUACUUUGGAACCUUAUAACAUAACAUUUGUGGAUUUGAAAGAUUUAGAUUACAACGACAGUACAUCAAAUUACACCGAGUCAACGCCUCAAUUUGAUUUUGAGGAUUCAAAUGAAAAUGAGGACAAAUUAACCACCACUAUUAUGCCUGAAACUGAAGUUUUGGUUUCAUCAACUACUACGAGCUCGACCAGCACAACAACAACAACGCCAAAGCCCAGUUUGCCAUCAUCAAAAGAUCAGUCUUCCAUAUCUAAAGAGAUUCUAUUGAAAAUUCCCCAACAGGAGAAAAACAACCUAGUAUGGAUUCCUCUAAUCUUACUAUUAGGAGCAGCAUUCUUUGCUCACUUUGGUAUACGUAUGAUUCCCUGGAUAUUGAUAGGCGAGGUAUUUCCAGCACCUGUACGCAGUACAGCUUCUGGUUUGGUUAGUGGUCUGGGCUAUAUAUUUGGCUUUUUGGCCAACAAACUAUUUUUGCAAAUGUUGACUACUCUAACACUGCCAGGAACUUUUUGGUUUUAUUCGGUGGUAGCCUUUGUGGGAGCAAUAACGUUAUAUUUCACAUUGCCAGAGACGGAAGGCAGAACACUGGGAGAAAUUGAAGCACAUUUUUCGAAAAAAUCCGACAAAAAUCUUCUAUGCAAAAAGCAGCAAAAAUUAGAGAGACUGCAAAAACAACAGCGAAACCAACAAAACUGUCCCAUGCACAUGGAUAAUUUGGAAAACUUACAAAUACCCAUUGGUCCCUACACGGAGGCAAAAAUCAUACAACUACAACAAAGCGAUUUCAUACCGAAACACAGUAGCAGUAGUAAUGGUAAUAACAACAACAUUAACAAUAACGGUAAUCAAGGCGGCAUUACCAACAUGGCGUAUGAAGAGAACAACACUACUCAUUUAUAGUUUGUUUAAUAUGUAAAUAUUUAUAUGUAUGUUUGAAUGUGGGAGCAUCAAAUUAAUUAGUUUAGACUUGUCUACUUUUAAGUAUUAUGUGGACCAUAAUUCCAUUUCCUUACGGAAGAAAAACCUACUACUACACAAAAUUUGAUUUAACUAAACCAUAAUUAAGUGCCACAAAAUAGAUUUAUUGUUGUGUAUAGAAAUAAAGUGAAAAUGCAUCAACAACAAAAAUUGUGAUUAAUUUUAAGAAAAUAAUAAUAAAUAAUGUAAUAAAAUAAUUUUGUACAAAAUUUAAAAACAAAUAAA